UAAUGAGAUGUUUGCAGCCGGAGAGCAGGGCUGCUGGAGACUAACUAUGAGCUACUAACACACGGGUGGAAGAUUAGCUUUUGCAACACUCGGUUUGCAUGUACUGAAAGUCAUCUGUCUUCUGAGUCAACAUUCCCGGCCUGGUAAAGAACCUGAUCAGGGCUCUGGUGCAUGAACUGUAGCACCUCUUCUGCCUGUGAGCGAUUUGUCACUUCCUUCUGUAAGACUGGCACCAGCAGAAAUGCAGUCUCAGAGGAUCCCGGGGAGAAAGCGAGGCCGACCCCCACUUCACUCGACACCUAUGAAGAUGGCAGUUCAUAACAUUUAUUCUGCUUCAGCUGGUUCUUUACCAGCAGUGAAGAUCCCAAAGAAAAGAGGGCGGAAACCCGGGUACAAGCUGAAGUCUCGGGUCCUCAUGACUCCUUUAGCCCUGUCUCCUCCACGGAGCACACCAGAGCCCGACCUCAGCUCCAUCCCUCAGGAUGCAGCCACCGUGCCCAGCUUGGCAGCCUCACAGGCUCUCACAGUCUGCCUCUACAUCAACAAGCAAGCCAACGCGGGGCCGUACCUGGAGAGGAGGAAGGUGCAGCAGCUCCCCGAGCACUUUGGGCCUGAGCGGCCAUCAGCCGUCCUGCAGCAGGCUGUGCAAGCGUGCAUUGACUGUGCCCACCAGCAGAAGCUGGUCUUCUCCCUGGUCAAGCAGGGCUACGGUGGCGAGAUGGUGUCAGUCUCUGCCUCCUUUGAUGGGAAGCAGCACUUGCGGAGCCUGCCUGUGGUGAAUAGCGUCGGGUACGUCCUCCGCUUCCUCACCAAGCUGUGCCGAAGCCUCCUAUGUGACGACCUCUUCAGCCACCAGCCCUUCCCCAGGGGCACCAGCGCCUCUGACAAUGCCCUGGAGAGCCAGGAAGGCAGGAUGGAGUCAGCAAAAACAGUGAGCACCGAGAAGUGCCUGGUGAACCCUGCGAGCAUGAACCGCUACGGCCUGGACCCCUCCUCCCCCACCUUUAGCCACAGGAGCUCCCUGCCCACCUCCUCUUCGCUGUACUGCAAGCGGCAGAACUCUGGAGACGGCCACCUUGGGGGUGGCUCAGCCACCACAGUCGGUGGUCCCCGCACCAGCCCCAUGUCCUCCGGAGGCCCCUCGGCACCUGGGCUGCGGCCUCCUGGCUCCAGCCCCAAGAGGAACGGGACCUCUCUUGAAGGAAACAGAUGUGCCUCAAACCUUCCUCCAGACAGGCAGGAUGCCCGGCAGCCGAGGAGCAGGAACCCUUCCAGCUGGUCGGUGGAGGAUGUGGUCUGGUUCCUGAAGGACGCAGACCCGCAGGCCCUGGGGCCCCAUGUGGAGCUCUUCCGGAAGCAUGAGAUUGAUGGCAAUGCCCUCUUAUUGCUGAAGAGUGACAUGAUCAUGAAAUACUUGGGCCUGAAGCUGGGGCCUGCGCUGAAACUCUGCUACCAUAUUGAUCAACUGAAGAAAGACAAGUUCUGAAGGUGUUUAAAAGAUACAAGCAAAGUCCAGACAGCAGAAUCUCCAGACCAUCUGCCUUACCAACAUCACCACCAUCACAAGGACUCCCUUCUGAAAAAGAACUGUCACAAAGACUUGGUCUUUUUUUUUUUUUUAAUAAAAUUUGUAGGUCUUGACCUUUUAAAAAAUUCAACAUGGCCCUUUUGAAAGGUCCCUUUGUUUUAAUGAUUUGCCAAAAAAUUAACAAAAAAAAUGCCCAUUAUUUUUAACAUUCCUAGUUGGUUGGUUCCUCUUAGGGUAGGUCCUGUUUCUAUAAUGAGAGUUUGGGGAACCGAAGGCUAUCACCCAAGGAGGACCUCGGAGAUUUCCAAGCAUGUGGGAAGAACCUUUGUCCCUGCAGGCUCUGUGGGGAUGCCCACCACAGCAGCCCCCCAUCUUUAACUCUGACCUGGAGACCUAUCAUUGUGAACCUUGCUUGAUUCAGCUCUGGAAGCUGUCUUCUGAGGAUAAAUGCCUCACCUUGCACUAUCCGGAAAACUUGAAUUCUUUUGCUCUCUGAAAGAGAAGAAGAAAAAGAAUCUUUUCUAUCAAUACCUAGUUAUCUGAAGUACUGUGUUGUCCCACUAGGGGGCAGACUGCCAAUGUAAUUUCAGGACCCUCACUGCAGCAGCCUGAUACUCAGUAUCCAGUGGAUGAAUUAGGGUUUCUGGGAACAAGAUCUAGCCUACACAGACACAGAGAAUUUAUUCCACAGUCAGGACCACAGAUUGCAAUGUGGGAAGAAACCGUCUUCUAGAAGGUUCUUGUUCAUAACCAGUCAUUAUCGACUGCCUGAGAUGCACAAGCAGCAAAGGCAAAAAUUUGGAAGCACGUUCUUCCCAGAUGGGGCUUUGGAGUCCCUUCCCUUCCAGAGUCCUUACUGAGGUGUCGAUGUAUUGGCGCGCCAGAGACUCUUAGUAACAUUUAACCACAGCGUUUCUUUCAAAAAGAAAAAAGAUGCCUCAACUAAGCUUUGAAAUCAGAAGGUGUUGAUUUCUAGUCACACUGUGGGAUUAUAUAGCUGUAUCUGUGGCUAAUUUUAAUAAUAAUAGCAUGUACACAGACAUGCUAUUAUUGGGUUUAAUUCAAUUUACAAAUCGGUUUUCCUUUCUCACUCUGGAAUAAUAGAAAAAAAUUGAUUUCUACCCCUUUGCAGCUGUGUCCAGGGAAGGGCAAUGAACCCACAAUUUACUAGGCAGAAGGGCAGCCGCAUCUCCAUUCUUCUUAUCUUUUCCUUUCUCUCUUUUCCUGUCUCCUUUUUACUUCCUCUCUCACUGAAUAGGGGACAUAUCUUCAAAAUGAAUUCACCUUUGCCAUGGGCAUAUCCUCUUCUGUAAAAAAGAAAAAAGAAAAAAAAUCCAUAUUGUUGGACGUGAGGAGAUGAAUGCUAGACUUUGUGUUCCCUGGGAGGGGGAGGAUCAACGAUAACUCCAGACCUCCCUUGGCCCAAUGCAGAGCAGAAAGGGCACACCAUCCUCAGGACACAGCCUGGACAGGUGUCUCACUGGUGAGCAGGAGCCUCUCACCCCUCUGUUAGGACUUCCCUGGUGGCUCAGUGGCAAAGAACCCACCUGCCAAUGCAGGAGAUGCAGGUUCGAUCCCUGGGUCGGAAGAUCCUCUAGAGAAGGAAAUGGCAACCCACUGCAGUAUUCUUGUCUGAAAAAUCACAUGGAUAAAAUCCCUAAGAAGCCUCCCAUGCCAUGCUCUUAGACCCAUUUUAAUGAGUGAUAUUUGAGAAAGCACAUCAGAGCAGAAUCCUUUUUAGACAAACAGUGGCUGACUUGAAGUGUGACAGAGAAGGGACAAAGGAGAACGUACAGGACAGAGGAGAAUGUCCUAAAACUGCCCACGAAACUGAGCUUGAGUUAUCAGGCUAUGGAAGAGUUGAAUGUCUGUCAGUUCCGGCUGCUGACUAAACUAUCCUGAAUCAGGCCUUGGGACAGUGUCUUCAAGAUUUUGAAGCAAUAAAUUGACUCUGUUCCUCUAAGUUUGCUCAUUGUGACGUGCUCACAGCUGGUCUGGAAUUAAAUAGUCUCCCUCAGAAAACCAUGGGGAGUGUAUAUAUUCAGAACAGCCAGUAUGAAAGCAGUGAGAUCCAGAAAAAUUCCACAACAACCCAUGUUCCUCACUCCAAGCCCUCUGAGACUUGCGGUGCCUCUUCCAUCAACGUAUGCCCCGUACGCUGUUGUUGCUUAGUCGCUAAGUCAUGUCCAGCUCUUUUAUGACUCCAUGGACUGUAGCCUGCCAGGCUCCUCUGUCCAUGGGAAUUCCCAGGCAAGAAUACUGGAAUAGGUUAUCAUUUCCUUCUCCAGGGGAUCUUCCCAACCCAGGGAUCGAACCCGAAUCUCCUGCACUGGCAGCCAGGUUCUUUACUACUGAGUCACCUGGGAAGCCCUGUACCUCAUACAGAGACUUUCAAAACUUUCUACCAUUCUUGCUAGUGCUUCCCUUGGCACAAAAAUACCAACAUUGGUGCCACCAAGUGAAAAUCAUCCUCAGAAAAUAUCGAGGAGAUACUUGGAGUUUUCAGGGGAGAGAGAUUUUCCCAUCUUGAGGAGAAAACUGGGUCCAUGUUCAUGUGGAUCUGUUCUCACAGAGGUGCUGUCUUAUUUUGCUUUAAACUUUAAGCAGGACAGAUUGCUGCAGCCAUGAUAUUUAAGGUUUGACUUUUUAAAAAUCUCAUUACUCUUAAAAUGAAUGCUGCCACAUCAGAGAAUAACCCAGGGAGGAAAUUCUUCCUUGCCUGUUUUUACACUGAAAUGCAAUUAGCCGGCCAAAUUAUUGUCGCCAAUCCUGCAAUUAUAAUUAAUUUUCACCCUUUUCAAAAAUCUUGUCAAACCAGGCAGAUAAAUAGCUUAGCAAAUGUAAAACAUGCCGGGCCAUCUCCUCUACAUGGACCUUACCGAGUCAGGCCAUGUGUAUCACUCUAAUCUGAAUGGGAGCUUAUUUGGGGGGAGGCCUUGCACUUGUACAGAUGUGGUACUUGUUAUUCCAUGGCAGUAGCUUCGCUUCAGGUUGUGGUGAAUAAUGAUAGAGUUUUGCAUAAUUUCAAAUUAGAGUGUGUGUGCGCGCGGGCGUGUGCGUUCAUGUUCGAAACAUUUCCAAUUAUACUUGUCUGUUAAACACUUAAAAAAAAAUCUUAGACAAUUUUAUUGCCUAAGGCAUUUAAAAUAUUUUAUAAAGCACAUUAUUCCUUUUGUGAAGAUUUUAGGUGAAAGAUGUGCAUUUCAUGUGUGUAUGUGUCUGUGGGUACGCGCGUGCACGCACGCAGGCACAUGCGUACUUCCUGGCAGCGCAGUGGGAAGAGCCUUUGAAAGUGGCUGGGAAUGUAUCAGCUCUUGCAUUUGCUUUGUUUCUAAUGCCUUCCCAGUUUCGUAGCACUGAGGUAGGACCCACCCCAGGCAGCAGGGUGCACCCUGGAGGCAGCUGGGGGCCGGCGCUGGGAUUCUAGACCUGCCCGCUGUCAGGCGCUGACUGGGCCCGCCCAGCCAGCCCAGGCUCUGCUCCCCAUGACUUGAGAGGACAGGCCUCGCCAGCGGGCCCACUAGGCGGGCAAUGGGCAUCCUGAGCGCCUGGUGCGGUGCCCGCCACGGCUCCACGCACUCCCGUCAUCUGUCGUCAGCAGGGCUAUCUGCUGUUUUCCUUUACAGCAGGAGAAAGGAAUGGGACGCUCCUCAAGAGAAACAAAGAGGAUAGUAAAAUACACUGGGAAGGAAGACCGAGCUGAGGUUGGUGUAUGUGAGGAGGAAACAGCAGGAGAGGAAGCCAAAAGUGACUUAGAAAGCGGAGAACACCUCUUCUAACAGGCCCAACUCUUUCAGCUACAAUUACCUAUUUUUGUAUUUAUGUGCUGUAUGGAAUACUUCUCUUUUUUAAUUAAAAUUAUUUUUUUAUUACUUUCUGAGAUGGUUUUAAGGAAAAUUUUAUUAUAGCUCUGAAGAUGAUUGGAAAUGCCCAGAAGUGACCAGGGACUCAAAUUUAGUCAUUGUCAGAAGUUCUUGAAAGGCGGAGACACUUUGUUUUCUUUCUAAAGAACCAGACAGGUUUCCAUCCAUGUGAGAAGGUGAGUUGUGAUGUUUGCUCUGACCGGUGCUUUUUCAGCUCUUCUCUGAUGGGCUUAGAGGAGGAGGAGAGACUCAUUUUCCCCCCUUACACCUCAGAUAACAAGACAGAAGAAGGGGAAGGAGGAGAUGAUUUUUGGUCAGGGAGAGGGAUGAACGCCUGUCUGUGGGCGAGGUUUAUCUGUAGUCACUAACACACUCCAAGAAGUAACACAGUCCUGCUGUAGUCUUGCCGCAUGCCGCAGCCCCAGUGGCAGGAGAAGGCUGCGCUGAGCCCCGCAGAUGGUCAGCCAUCUAGCGGUGCAGAGAGUCCCGCUCCCAGCUCGUGACGUCACCCCAGUGGCUCCUCUCACGUGACUCCCCGCCACACUGCCCCGGGAAGAGGGCUGGGAGCCCCCGCUUCCAGGGUGCCCUUCCCUCCAACCUUUAUCCUAAUCGAAGACGAUUCCUUCACGGGCAAUUGGAAGCUGGAAUUUUUUGGAAAUGUAGCGUUUAGUUGAAAGAGAAUCGUUCUUAUUUAUUGCCACCAGUUAAAUAUUAUGGAAACAUGUCUGCUAACAAUUUGCUUUGUGUAAUUUGUUCUAAUGCUAAUAAGCAACAGCUGGGACACUUCCUGUGGUGAAUUCCUUUGUGGUUACAGUGGUAUUAUCACACACGGACUUCACCAAAUCGCUGAACUUGAGAAGAACACUCACUCCGGCUCUCCCAGGCUGCAGGAAAUUCCCCGCACUUAGAAGCAGUUCUGGGCAAGGCAUUUUUUUUUUAGAGGAGGUUGUGCUUUUCUUCACUCCCUGCUCCUGAAGAGGGCUGCAGAACGGUGCUCUUCAAGUCCCACCUAGAGAGCCUGGGAUUCUCCUCCCUCUCAGCCAUGAGCUUGAUCUCCUCCGGAGGAAACACAGCAAGCAGAGCUAAAGAGUGACACCUUCCUCCAGGUCCGUGCACGGUGCCCAGAGUGAAUACAGAGUAAAGAGUGAAAAAGGCAGUGGAAGGUGGUCUUCUGUCCACCUCGUGUGGGCUGCGCCUUCCCCACCGGGCUUCCAUCAGCAGACGAGGCCCAAGAGGGGUGGCGAUGCAUCCAAGAGCCAGGAGCUGCUCAGAAGAGGAGGAGGUGAUGACAGCAGACAGUGUGGGCAUCUUCCCUCCGAAGGGUCUAGACGCACCACUCAGACUUUCUCCGGGCUGCCAGCCCACCGUUCUCCGCUCUGUAGCUCCACCGCAGGACCUGAGCCUUUGUGCUGUUUCCUCAUAUCAGAUUUUUGUUGUAAAGGCCAACACAAACGCCUCCUAUUGGAUUCUGGAACAUAACCAAAGCCUUGCUUCUCCACUAUGAAGUGAGCCUUGCUCUCUAUGAAACAGUAGACCCUCGCUGGGUGUCGUUUUACAGUAAGCAUAUGUGACCGGAGGCUACCUCCACCACAAAUGUAGCAUCCUUAAACCUCAGGUGGGCCCCACCUCCCCCUCCAGUGCUGGAAUGCCUUUCCUACACCCCUGAGAAACAGCUCUGCCUGACCACUUCCCAUUAGGGGGAGUUGAGUCCCAUAGGAAGUGGCUUAUUUCUCUGUUGGACGGCUCUGGUUGUGAAAACGUUAUUUCUCAGGGAGACACAGAUGUCUGUGAAUCAGACACAGACGUUUGAGACGAAGCCAACUCUGCAAUCUUUCUCUUUUCAACAGAGCUUGUCCGUGCAGUAACCACACCUAUAAUACAAAUUAACAUUGGCAAGUAGGCCCCAGCCCCACUACAUUAGCGUAGAAGAGUAGACACUGUGUAUGAAUGGGGGACUCAGAUAGGUCAUGGCCAUCAGAUUCAUCAGGCCUGUCAGGAAAAACUAUCGAAAUUCUUGCGGCCUCACACACACAGAAAAGGGUGUCUUGGGAGAAUCUUUAGUGUAGUUGUAAAUCUGGCUGUGG